GUUUCUUUUUCGCGAGGGUCUUUAGGAAUCCCAGGUUUCAACCCAAUAACUAUGUAUUUAUGUUGUUAUCACCGGAUUUACUGUUGUUUUCGAAUCUUGUGCAGUGAUUACAUCACGUCGGAUUAGACAAUAAUUAAUACUCAACCGAGUUUUUCAGUUUAGCCCAUCCCAUCUGUUGUAAAAAAAUGAACGUCAGAAAGUUGAUAGAGCAACGAGCGAAAACCAAAGUAACCAAAGAAAAGGCGGAACUGACUUUAACCAUAGCUGCAAUUUAUUCUGAACAAGGUUCUCAUGAUUCUGCGCUAGUUGAAUACAAAAAGUAUCUUGAACUAUGGGAAUCCAAAGAAGACAAUCUUCAGUGUGCAGUUGCUAACAGGUAUCUAGCAGAGUGCUACAUAGAGAUGUGUGACUUCACUCAAGCGAUCUUUCACACCAAUCGAUAUCUCCAACUGUCUUUACUUAUUGGGAACAAAACAGAACAACAGAGGGCCUAUGUGACAUUAGGCCGGUGCUUUCUAAAUCGUGUAGAGACUUUGAAAGAUGGUUCUUUGAUUGCCAAAAGUCUUAAGUCUGCUAAUCAAGCACUGCUAAAUAGCAUAAAGUUAAUUAGGGAACUGUCUCCUAACUUAGAUGACAAAAAUUCUGCUGAAAUGCGUGCGGUAUCCUUACUUAACCUUGGUCACGUUCAGCGAGCACAACGACUUUAUGACGCUGCUUUCGAAAGUUUUUCACAGUGCACUACACUAGCACGAAAGUAUAGUUUACAAAAAAUACUUUUUCGUGCUUCUUAUCAAGCUGGUGAAAUGUUGAUAAACAAUAUCCCAACACAUGCCUUCACUGAAUGUUGUCACACUGAAUUUUUAAAACUUAUGAAUCAAAAUGAGACAAAGAAAGCAUUGGAAAUUGUUCAAACCACUUUGUCUUCGCCGUUAUCUAAGCCAUGUGUAGAUAACGAAGCAAAAUUAUUGUAUAUAAAUCUGAAAGAGUUACUUGCUCAGAUCUACCUUUGCUAUGGUAAUAGUCGUAAAGCAAUGAAAGUAUUUCGAUUACUAAAAGUUGAUUCACCAAGUUCAUCAGAACAAUACAGGAAAAUGAUCAGAACUAGUUUCCGACUGAUGAAUUUACUAAAUGAAAUUCCGAAAGAAGUCUCUAAUACAAAAGAUUAUAUUGUGUCUUCUCGUGUCCAUGAAAAGUUGGGUGACUUAUAUUCCGGAAUCGAUCUUCAAGGUUGUGCAGUCCGACACUAUAGGUUUAUGUUAGGAUUCUCUGAACUUGCCUAUAAACAAUAUUGUUCAGAAUCAGGAGUUGCUCCAAAUGAAGUUAUCGAACUUGUUGAUGCUGCUUUAAUAUCUGUGGCUGAAACUUAUCGUACACUUGGCUGUCAUGAUCAAUGUGCUGAGAUGUAUAAACGUGAAAUUUUAUGGGCCACAUCCACUGGACUAUCCACAAAGGAUAUAGCUACAAGUUGGUUAAGUUUAGCACAAGCUCAACGUUUAAUUUCAAUAAUCGAUUCCUGUACAGUUUCUAAUGAUAAAAAUAUUGAAGCUGACCAAAAGAUUAUUCUGAAUGGUUCAGCAACUGCAUUAGACUCAUUGUUAUCUGCUUAUAAAGCUUCCAAGUUGACUGGAUCUAUGUCUUUAAUUGCUGAUUGUUUAAAGGAACUACUAGACUACUAUGAACAGUAUAAUUAUAGAGAUAAGUCACAAAAAACACGUCAAGAACUAGAACAAAUUAAACAGACAUGUGAUGCUCAAUCCGAUCACCAAGAAGAAGAUAACGAACAGAAAGAUGAAGAAGUAGGAGAUAGUGAUAAGAAUACAUCAUCGAUUAGUGAUGAUGAAACUGUUGUUACACAAUUUUUAGAGACACUCUCCUCUGAUUCAGAACUUGAACAGUGUAUAGGAAGUGCAGAACUUAUGGAUGAAUUCCAGGAUACCAUGAAGGGUAAAAAAUCCGGCAAAGCUCUUUGUUUAAAAACCAAUAUGAAAGGUGAAACACCGUUACAUGUGGCUGCAAUCAAUGGUGAUAUGAAUCAUGUAGUAAAAUUAGUUGAAGUCUUGGGUCAUCCAGUAAAUGUACCUGAUGGUGCAGGUUGGCUGCCUAUACAUGAAGCAGCAUUUCAUGAUAGGUCAGAAAUUGCCACUUACUUACUUGAUCAUGGUGCAAAAAUAGAUGAUACAGGUUAUCCGGACGAUUAUUCCACACCACUUUUUGAAGCCAUUCACAAUGGAGCAUUGACUACUGCGUUGAUUUUUGUAAAUAGGGGAGCAAAUUUAUGGCACAAGAAUAAACAAGGAGAGUAUUUAUCAAAUCUGUUAGACCAAUGGGAACCAACACGUCAUGCGUCUGGAACAUUUGCUGAACAACGCGCUAAAUUCAGUGAACUUUUGGCUGCGAUAAGAAGUCGUCUUGGGGGUGAUUAUGAUCGUUGGUGUAAUCUUAAAAGAGAAACUCCUGAAAACCAUUCCUCCGAUGAUUCAGAGUCGUCAGUAGCAAUAAAAAAUAAUACUAGUAAUCAAAAAUCGUAUUCACGCCAUCCUGGCUCUGGUUCCCGUUCGUCUUUAUGUGAAACCCGGGAUUCAGUACCACCGAUCUCAUCUAAAACAAAAUUCAACAAACAAUCUCUUCGUAGUCGAAAUUGGGAUGAUUUAAUGGUUGAUUUGGACCAAGAUGAGAACAGUCAACCAUCGCCUCCUGUUAAAUUGAAGAAAUCAGUCAAUGCAGUUGAAUCAUAUAAACAGGCUAUGAAAGCUGUUGGUAGUUCAAAAACACGUUUUGUGGAUAAGUGCGAGUCAUCUGGUAAUACAGACAGUAUGGACUUAGCAAAACGUAGAAAGACAUCACAUGUAAUCGAUGCAAAUGACAAUGAUUGGUUGAUUUUAGACGAAAAACCAAAAGGAUCUCGAUCUGUUUCCAGUACAAUUGUGAAAGAACACUUUGAUGCUUUAAAUGUUAAACGUGGAAAAUGUACUGCUACAGCAUCUAGUAAAAAUCGUUCCCGUCAGGAGGAUCUGGAAUUUUUACCACAGAUGGCUUUUACUUCUACACAAAAUGAUAACUUAUCUUCACUCCCACCAGGACCAUCAUCAUCAGUUGUUGGAGGGUCGCUUAAGCACUUACCACCGAAAUCUACUUCUACGCCUAUUAAAUGUAAUAAGCAAUUGAAUUAUUCCUUCAAAGAAUCUUCACAUUCUGGCAAAGAUAGUUCAGUUAAUACGAAUAACUGUCUACCACCAGCUACAGUUAAUAAUGAUCAGUUAAAACUACCCAAACUUCCUACAAAUGAAUUUCCAGAAACAACAUCUUAUUCAGUUAAAGUAGCGUUUUCUGAUAUAUCGGUAUUGGUUCCUGUUGAUUCAAUGUCUCGUAGUGUAUCAUGGCUAGCAACUGAAGCAUAUCGUCGACGUCAAAUUCUUUUGGGAUUUAAUUCUAAUAUUCCUAUCACAGUAUCCGGUGAACAAUUAGUUCGUCUAUGUACUAGAGAUCGAGCUCUAUUACUUCCUUCAGAUCGUUUAUUUUCAAUUAUUCCAGUUUUAAGUCAAUCUGGAUCAGUUGUUGAACUUUUAGCUGAAUUAAACGAGUCUGUUGUUACUCAAAAACCCCCAACUAAUCCAUCAAAUCAACAUAUUCAAUCACAUUUGAAUUAUGAGUCAAAGUCAAAUAAACUUCCUCACGAUAUUGUGUCACCAUUCCUUCAUUCAGUCAUUGAUAAAGCACGGAAUAUUGGAGUUGUGGAUUUAUCAAAUCUUUCUCUAGAAGAUAUAGAAUGUUGUAAAUUGUUAGGUCAACUAGUUCGUGAUGGUGGUAUUCGAGUGAUUACAGAAUUAAAACUUCAGGGUAACUCUUUAACUACAGAUAUUAUAGAUACAAAACAAUUUUCUUCUAUGAAUUGUAUUAAUUUAACAGAUUAUUUAUGUCAACUUUCACUACAUCUGGUUAAAUUAAAUUUAAGUAUGAAUUUAUUCAAUGAACAAUUUUUCAGUCGAUUUCUAUGCUCUUUAUCAAAGAGAUUCAAAGAAGACAAGGGCUCAGAUGUACUUAUGCCACGACUUCUUUAUUUGAAUCUUUCAUAUAAUCCAUUACUUGGUUGUAAUAUAAAACAAGAUAACUUAGAGAAUACUAAUUUAAUAGAAUAUGACCUGUCGACAAAUCAUAAUAAUUGUUGGAUAAGAUUUAUUGAAACUAUUUUAAAAGUAUUCCCUAAAUUGAAUUAUUUGAAUUUAACUGGAUGUUCACUUGGUGGUACUAAUACAAUGACUGUAAAUUAUCAAAAUGAACAAAUGUUUCGUAGUUUGUCUACAGAUUCAUUUGUAUCCUGUUUAUCAGAAUUGGAUUUAAGCUGGAAUCCUCAAAUCUCUCCUAAUCAAUUAAAUUAUUUAUUAUCUAUGAAUUGUUUAAAAGCUCUAAAAUGUUUACGUUUAAGAGGAUGUUCUACAUUUCAAAACAUUUCAACAAAUAAACAAUGCCCAAUAAAUCUUCCUGUUAGUACACUGGAACUAUCAUCUUUAAAUUGGUUAAAUAAUAAUUCAUCUGAAGUAUUUAUGAAAACUUUGGAAAAAUUUAAUACUUUCAAGGAAUCCUCAUUUGGUGAUCAAUUAUUGAAUUCAAUUUGUUCAGCAUUAAUUAAAGGAAAUAUUCGUUUACAAAUAUUGGACAUGGGUCAUUGUCAACUAACUUAUCAUUGUUUAACUAGUUUGAAAAGUUUAUUUGGAACACCUGGAAUAUCUUUAACCACUCUAAUAAUUGAUCAUAAUCCAAUGUUAAGAAAUGUAGUUGUCUCAAAUAAUUGUCCAUUUCCAUCAUGGAUUCAAAUACUUCAGGCUAUUGCUCAACCGGCUUCAGCAGUCGUUAGUUUAACGAUUGAUUUACCUGAAAUCCCUGAUAAUGAUUCAGAUGCUUUGACUGCUGCAUUCAAUUCAGUUGAAGCAAAACUAUUACCAACUAUAUCAUCGACACCUUUACAAGAAUUAGUUAUUAUUUAUAAUGAAGUAAGAAUCAAUGAUGAUUGGACUGUCGAGAAUUUCCCUAAUCAUGAUAAGUCAAUGAAAUCUCGUUUCCUUUUUAUGUUAUCCAAUUUAUUCACUAAACGUUUUGGUAAAAUGAUGAAAAUUACGAAAAAAAAUUCUUGUGUUACAUUUAGCAUUUUGUGAUUUUUUUUAUUAUUUUUUAAAUUUUUUUUUCUAAUUUUCUAAUCUUUUCAUGAAUUAUCUAAAAUAUCGUUUUAUUUACAUUAUUAUUCGGAUGAAUAUGUGUGUUGCCUAGGUAGCGUAUAUGACUAUUAUUAUUACUUUAUUGUUCUGAUAUUUCGAGUCUUUUCAUUCAUCAUUGAACAAAGUCACUUGAUGAUAAACAGUGUCAAGUUUAAAAUAAUGGGCUUAUUUAC